AUGGAUCAUCUACAUGAUGCCGUCUUUGACGUCGAGGACAGCGAAUAUGAGCCCAGUGAUAACAUGUCACAGUCGGUACCAUCGACUUCUCAGGACCACCUGGAACGAUGUGGUCGAUGGCUUGUUUCAAUACCUCGUCAGGACGUUGCUUCUCUUCAACAAACCCAAGAAUAUCACGACUUUAUCGCCGCAUUUGAGCGGUUGGCAAAUGUCCAUAGAAGCGAUGUUGCUCGAAGUCGAAGCUUCAUGACGCUAGAAGAAGCUGAGGCUGAAGCAGAAGCUGUGCCUGUACCGAGAGAUCCUUUGGGGCAACCGAUGGCCCCUUCUGAAGUACACGGCAGAGAUUUCUCCUUCCUACAACACAUGGCUGAUGAUGACACUGUCCUCAGGGCAUUUGAAUUCCUGGAAUGUCGAUCCUUAGUGCGGAUAUCAAUGACUUGUUCACGCUUUCGAGAACUGGCACACAGAAGUGCAGCCCAACGGACCUAUGAUGUUGCACAAGCCAGGCAAUUGAACAACGUCAUGAAGCUACUACGAGCGAAAGAACAGAUUGAUGGCAUUGGAACUGACAUAAGAGACCCGCAUGUGAGAGUACCCGUCCUGUUACUGGGACGAAGGGUAAUUGUCACAAAUGCGGGUGACCCUGAAUACAAUGGAAUCUAUUUUUGUACAGGGAGUAACGGGAACGGGUUCAUAUUCACAAAGCCGCGGUUCCCAGAGAGAAGAAUCCUUAGAGCACAGGGAACUAUUAGAAUGAGAGAAAAUAUAGCCAAUGCCGACCACAGGGGGAGGCUAGAGAGCGAAGUGGCCCAUCCGGGCCAGCUGCUACGUUGCAUAAUUGCAAAGAGAUUUUCAAAUGAGACAAUCCUGUGGUACAUCAGCAAAGAGGUGCUGUCCACAGAGAAUGCAGAGGGAGUAAGAGCUGGAGCUGUGACACAGACUUUCUCCUAUUGGUCCAAACUCAUGGUGGUAGGUGAUGCCUCCCCAGACAUCUGUAGAUACCCCAGUCAAACUUCCAUCCUUGCUCGUCACAACGAGGGAUGGCAAACAUUAACCACAACACGGGCGACGCGGCCGCCGAUCGUCGAGCUGCUAGACUAG